ACCAAUCAAGAAUGUGAUGUUCUUCUGGUACUCCAUACUACUAUUUUCAUAGAUGUUUGUAACUCUUUUGAUUAUGGUUAUUAUGCAUGCAGUCAAAUCGGUGAGCAUAUAUGGUUCUCCUAGACGAUGCGGCGGCCAAGGUGAUAUCCUUUCUGGAAGUGUCGCUGUCUUUUUGUCGUGGGCACGCCAACAUAUCAUAGCUGCUGAUCCAAAUUCAAAUCUCAGUUGUAAAAAUCCAGCUGUUCUGGGAUGCGUUGCUGGGUCUGCAAUGAUGAGGAAGGCUGCUUCACUUGCAUUCUGCCAUAAGAAAAGAUCAACAGUCACUGGUGACAUUAUUGAGUGCCUUGGAGAAAGUUUGGAAGAUAUUUGCCCUGCCACUUAAUGCUGUUUUGUGAAGACAUGUGAAAUUACUGUCUUAGCCUUGCCCAAAAAGUAAGGCCUUGUUUGAACUAGCCAUGAAACGAUAUUACUCUUUCUCUUUGUUACUGUUUUUUUUGGUGUUUCCUUACAUCAAUGUAUCUAGAUAUGAAUUACCCGAUCAAUUAUGACAUAGUUUGGCACAUAUUCAUACAAGGAUCCAUAGAAAAUGGUUUGAUCAGAGUAGAGGAAACUUAGGUAUAUCUACCGGUGUCUAUCGCAGAAGUUGAUUGCUAAUGAAACUCCUCUACUUAUUUAUA